GCGCAGUGCGCGCAGUGAUGGAGCGCUGACCGGGGGCGCGGCGGCGGCGAGGACUCCGCGGGCCAUUGGCUACUGGCUGCGGCCAGGGCGGCUUGGGGACUCCAGAGCCAGCGGGGCCCGCGGGCCGGGCCGGAGUGGCCAGGCUGCAGCCAUGGAAGACCACAGGGUGGACCCCGUCUUCAGAGUAACCCCUUCCCAGCUCACCCCUGCUCCCAGGCCAGCCUUAGCCCAAGCUGUCCGCAGCCCCUAGGGGUCUGUUUCUCAUGGAUAGCCCCUUGCCCAGGCUAGCCCAUUCCCUCUGGGCGGUCUUCGCUCAGGCUGGCCCGUCCCCCAGCGCUUGCUCAACCCUAAAGAUGAAAGGGAUUGGGUUGCGGGCUGGGUUUGGUGCUCAGCAGGCAGACCUGGUUCGGCCCUGUCCUUUCCCUAAAGCUCUCCCUGAGCCUCCACCUCCUCCCUUGCUCCCCUGUAAAAUGGGGAUGACUGCAGUGGCCACCUGGUAGGAGAGGUAGUUAGGGCCGAGUCACCCUUUGGAGGCGUGUUUUGCGGAGGGGUCACCCGGUCUGUGUGUGUGUUUGUGGCUUCAUGGAGCAGGAGGCUCUGCGGAAGAUCAUCACCACCCUGGCUGUGAAGAAUGAAGAGAUUCAGAGCUUUAUCUACUCCCUUAAGCAGAUGCUACUGAAUGUGGAGGCGAACUCCACCAAGGUGCAGGAAGACCUAGAGGAGGAGUUCCAGUCCCUCCUGUCCAUGCUGGAGGAGCUCAAGGAGGGCAUGCUCAUGAAGAUAAAGCAGGACCGUGCCAGCCGCACCUACGAGCUACAGAACCAGCUGUCUGCCUGCACCCGGGCCCUGGAGAGUUCGGAGGAGUUGCUGGAGAUGGCCAAUCACACCCUGCAGGCUGCUGACAGCGAGGACUUCCUCCAGGCUGCCAAGCAAAUCAAAGAUAGUGUAACAAUGGCUCCUGCCUUCCGGCUGUCACUGAAAGCGAAGGUCAGCGACAACAUGAGUCACCUCAUGGUGGACUUUGCUCAAGAACGUCAGAUGCUGCAGGGCCUUACGUUUCUGCCUGUGCCCAGCACCCCCAUGAUCGACCUAGCCGAGUCCCUAGUGGCAGAUAACUGCGUGACCCUGGUGUGGCGCAUGCCGGACGAGGACAGCAAGAUCGACCACUAUGUGCUGGAGUACCGGAGGACCAACUUUGAGGGACCCCCACGCCUCAAGGAGGACCAGCCCUGGAUGGUGGUGGAGGGCAUCCGGCACACGGAGUACACCUUGACAGGUCUCAAGUUUGACAUGAAGUACAUGAACUUCCGGGUGAAGGCUUGUAACAAGGCAGUUGCAGGGGAGUUCUCCGAGCCAGUGACCCUGGAGACACCAGUGCCUGUCUUGGUCUGUCUGGGUCACUGUCUGCCUGUCUCUGUCUUUUUGUGUCUCUCUGGGUUUUCCCAUCUCUGUACCUCCCUCGUCUGCCCGGCCCCAGCGUUCAUGUUCCGCCUGGAUGCGUCCACAUCUCACCAGAACCUGCGGGUAGACGACCUUGCCGUGGAGUGGGACGCUAUGGGCGGGAAGGUGCAGGACAUCAAGGCUCGAGAGAAAGAUGGCAAGGGGCGGACGGCAUCUCCUGUCAACUCCCCAGCCAGAGGUACUCCAUCCCCCAAGAGGAUGUCCUCAGGUCGUGGGGGUCGGGACCGGUUCACAGCUGAGUCCUACACAGUACUGGGGGACACCCUGAUUGAUGGCGGGGACCACUACUGGGAGGUGCGCUAUGAGCCGGACAGCAAGGCCUUUGGCGUAGGUGUGGCCUACCGCAGCCUGGGCCGCUUUGAGCAGCUGGGCAAGACCUCGGCUUCGUGGUGCCUGCACGUGAACAACUGGCUGCAGGUCAGCUUCACAGCCAAGCACGCCAACAAGGUCAAGGUGCUGGACGCCCCCGUGCCCGACUGCCUGGGUGUGCACUGUGACUUCCACCAAGGCCUCCUGUCCUUUUACAAUGCCCGCACUAAACAGCUGCUGCACACAUUCAAAGCCAAGUUCACGCAGCCACUGCUGCCGGCCUUCACGGUCUGGUGUGGCAGCUUCCAUGUGACGACAGGCCUGCAGGUCCCCAGCUCCGUACGCUGCCUGCAGAAGCGGGGAAGUGCCACUAGCAGCUCCAAUACCAGCCUCAGCUAGGCCACCAGCCACCCAGCCAGCAGGGUGUCUUUGGGGUUGCAAGCAUCGCCCUCUCUCUUGCUGCUUGGAGCCUUAACUUGUGAAUGAGUGGGGGGGUCAUCACCAGGGAGUGGGCACUGGGGUGCCCCCCCCUUCCUAAUAAAGGUCAGACACUGGCUA